AUGACGGUGGUGGUUUUGGAGAAUUUAUCGCAGAAUGCCUUAUCAAAGAUCAAGACAAUUGGAGAGAUUGACGGCGUUAGAAGCCGCCAUGACUUCAACUUUACUCAACCCACUCUCAACACUCAACUUCUAUUGACAGUUAAUGUUGACAGUUUGGGUUUUUUAUUCACUGAAACUGUUGAUCAUAGGAUAGAAAUCCAACAUGAAGCCACUUUCGAUGCAUUUGCGUUUGUGCAAGCUUACAAACGUCAUGGUAGAUUUACACUUCAUAAUCCCAACUUCAACUUUAUUUCUAAUAUUGAAAGCAAUCGCAACGCUCAUAUCUAUUUUCAUUAUGCUGAUAAGAGGAAAAUUAAAGUACAAACAUUAUUUGACUAAUCCUUCAACCAUUUAGGAAUUAGCUUGUUGUUUAUGAAGCGCUUUAAUGAAUAGUAAAGAGUUGCAUUAGAUCAUACAUAUAUCUUGCAUUGAUGGUUAAAAAAUUCAUUUUAACCUUCCCAGGUUUUUCCUCAUCAAAGAGACAUUCGGGUCGUUUUACAUCUUAUGUUCUUACAGUCCAUUUAAGAGGGAAAAUCUAUUUGAAUCCAUACUAUACUAUUAGAUUACUCAUAAUGGAUUGUGCAUAAAAAGC